CGCUUGAAACCACUAGGACUCCCGGUUUUUACACCUAUUGCCCCUUUUAAGGCGCGUGCUCUGAAUUGGCUUGAAGGAGAACGAAGGAGGGCCGGACCGGCGGUGCGAGGUCAUGUGAGAGUCCACGCGCUGAAAAGUAGGUUAGAGAAAGAGAGAGAGAGAGAGAGACACACACACACACACACCCCGCAGGGGGAAAGAAGCACCGAUACGAGGAUUGAAACGGAAAUGAACUCCAGCCGCUUCGAUCGCUUUCUUGUCUUCUGCGCGCGACUCUCCGGUGAACCUCAUGCGGUUUAGUUGCUUUAACGGUUUUAAUUUCAUCCCAUUCCUGCCUCCAUAUAAUGUUCAAAUGUCCUGGAGUUUACAUCAUUAUUUACAGAUAAUAUAAAAGAAAAAAAAAUAUAUCAGCAUGAGAGCUCAAAUCGAGGUGAUCCCCUGUAAGAUCUGCGGGGACAAAUCAUCAGGGAUCCAUUAUGGAGUGAUCACAUGUGAAGGAUGUAAGGGUUUUUUCCGCCGCAGUCAGCAGAACAACGCCACGUACUCGUGUUCUCGGCAGAGGAACUGUAUGAUCGACCGGACGAACAGGAACCGGUGUCAGCACUGCCGGUUACAGAAAUGCCUGGCGCUCGGCAUGAGCCGCGACGCGGUGAAGUUUGGCCGCAUGUCUAAAAAGCAGCGGGACAGCCUGUACGCUGAGGUACAGAAACAUCAGCAGGGUCAGGAGUGCGUCAGCAGCGUCCUGUCCCCCGGCGCCGUGGGCGUGGAGGAACCCGGAGAGAACAGCCACGACGGACACACGCGAACCUGCAGCCGCAGCUCCAGCACGGCCCUCAGCGACCUCGACGACCUCGGAGGCCUGCUGUUCGACCUGCCCCUGACCCCCGAGGACGAGUACUGCGGCCUGGAGCUGCAGGGCAACAGCAGGACGAGCGGAGAAGGGAGCAGCGGAGGUGGCAACCCGUCCUCACACGGCUCCGCAGUCUUAAAACACGAAUACCAGCUCCUUCAUACGCACUCGCCGCUCAGCGAGGGGUUCUCGCUGCUCGAGACAGAACGCAUGGCUCAGAGUGUGGUGAAGUCACAUGUAGAGACGAGUCAGUACAGUACAGAGGAACUGAAACGGCUCGCGUGGAACCUGUACACGGCCGAGGAAACUCGCACGUACCAGAGCAAGCCGAUGGAGGCGAUGUGGCAGCAGUGUGUGGCGCACCUCACUAAUGCCAUCCAGUACGUGGUGGAGUUCGCCAAGCGCAUCUCCGGCUUCAUGGAGCUGUGUCAGAAUGACCAGAUUAUCCUGCUCAAAGCAGGAUGUCUGAGCGUGUUGCUGAUUCAGAUGUGUCGAGCCUACAACGCCACGAACCACACGCUGCUCUUCGACGGGAAGUUCGCCAGCGUCCAGCUCUUCAAAUCUCUUGGCUGUGAUGACCUGGUGAACGCCGUGUUUGAACUCGCUAAAUCGAUGAGCCGCCUGCAGCUCACGGAAGAAGAAAUGGCUCUGUUCAGCGCCGUCGUCCUGUUCUCCCCAGAUCGGCCCUGGCUUACAGACAGACAGCCAGUUCAGAGGCUGCAGGGGAAAGUUUAUCAGGCGCUGCAGCGCUGUCUGAACAGAGAGGGCGCCAACGAGCACAAACUCAACAAGAUGCUGGCUAAGCUUCCCGCGAUAAAGUCGAUCUGCAACCUCCACAUCGACAAGCUGGAGUUUUUCCGCCUGCUCCACCCAGAAACAGCCUACAGCUUCCCCCCGCUGUAUCGGGAGGUGUUCGGUAGUGAGAGCACCUCCCCCGACUCCACCAAGGGCUAGACGGCGCCAGAGUGUCACUGAAACUGGUGCUCGAGGAGAGAAAGUGAGAAGGAUGUAGGGAUGAAACGAAGGACUGGUAGACGUGAAGCGUCAUUAACAGACCAGCAGCUCACUGACAAUCCCGCACACAACACUUUUGGACUCCGAAUCCCUCGAUCCCUGUCUCUGAGCUCGUUCCUUAACACGUGAUGGACAAUACAGCCUGAAUGAAAUUACCCAAGGGGGCUUUUAAAAGAGAGCAGCGGUUUGGAGGAUCGUUUUUAUUUUAAACUGACGAGGAGAAAUAAAUAGUUCAUAAAAAGUUCAGACGAUGGAUACCGGAAAAAUGGCGGCUUAUUUGAGUUCGCCUACGUAUGUAGAAAUGUUCUUGACCUGUGUGAAACUAUGCAUUACUUGUAGCUACAAAUUCUGUCAAAACGAUCUGUUCGGUCGGAACAGAACAGAUCGGUCUUUCGAAUACUGGCUUAAGUUGGUGACGAGAACAGGAUGGACGUAAACAGCUACGCUACAUGGCCAACGCUUGCAUGCGGCCGUGUUAACGUUGCCGUGGUGAUUGCAUACAUCAUCACGCUGGUAACUGCAAGAAAACUGUGAUAAAGCACUACCGUCGUUAAAUCGGGACAAAUUUAAUCAUACUAGGUUAAUAUUUAUUUGAGUUAUGGUUACCAGCGGUUAGCUAGCUAACGAUCAGUUAUCAAACUUUUGCGUGACGCAUGUCGUAUUUUAUUUUACGAGCUGUUCGGCACCCUCGUCUAAAAAAUCCAGUUCAGAAACAUGGAAAAUCCAGACUGUUGUCUGCUAUCAUGACAUAAAACAACCCUGCAGGAAAGUUUUGGCACCUUUUCUUAACUAUUCAUUCGCCCGGUCACUUUCGAUCCCUCUACAGCGUGUAGGAUAGGAUCAGAGCUCGAGUCUCUGGGAGACUCUGUGGGACACGACUACUUUUUUCUUCCCCCCUCCCCCCCAACAAUUUUUCUGAAUGUAGUGGAAAUGUAGUACAGCCUUACGAGCAAGAGACAGAAUGUAUUAUUUUUGUUUCUUUUAGGGUUUUAUACGCAGGCAUGUGAAGGAAUCGGUUGAGGUCUUCAUUCUGACCUUUUUUCUCCUUAUUAUUUUUUAUUUAGAAUGAAAAAAUGGUUCGUUUCUCUUUUUUUUUCCUGGAAAAGCCACUCUAGAAUGAAACGUGUAGUAUUUUGUUAUUUUGGUUUUGAUUUUCUUGUAAUCAAAGAAAAGCAAAGUGCCGUAUUUUCCAGACAACAUCCACGUUAUCGUUAUUAUCAUUUUUUGCAUUAGCCCAUUUGUUAGUGGUUUUACGGUAUAGGUAUAUAUACGCUUUAGCGAACAAACAAAAGUAUAUAAAGUGAAUCACAAGGGUGCCCCCCCCCCCGUUUAUAAAAUAUAAACGUAUGCUGCCUUUUCACUGCUUCCAACAAAGCUUUCAACUCCUACGACUAGACAGGAAGUGACUGAAAUGCAUUUACUUCAUAAUCAAUCAUAUUUUAUUAACAUAGACGCUAGCUAGCUCAUGUUACACGAUUAGCAAUGCGGCAAUACCGCGACUAGCUAGACACAAACAACAUUCAAGUUGUCAUCAAGAAAUCGUAUGUUCGUCAAAACUAUUUACAUGAAGAGAAUUAAACAAUUUUAUCAUUUCACGUUUUUAUUUAGGUUACAGAAUUUGAUAAACUUGUGCCAUGUUCAUCUCUAGCUACUGAAAUUUAAACGCAAUACGAAAGUCGCUAGGAGGCGAAUUCAGUCCGUCGUAUCCAGACGUCGUGUGCAGUAAAAAGGCGGCAUUACGGAUAUUAUAGGGGAAUGAGAGGAAACAAUAUGGUUACUGCAAUAAUAAUAAUAAUAAUGGAAGAAAAUAUAUGAACUGGACUGCUCCAGUAGGGGGCGCUGAAGUAUCAUUUUAAAGUUAAAAUAAAAAUGCCUGCAACAGUAGUAUGACGUGGGUUAGGGUUAACCCUAAGACAGAAUUUUGUAGCGUGUCUUGUCUGGAAAAUACAGUGGUAUGAAGUAUAAUAAUAAUAAUAAUAAUAAUAAUAAUAAUAUAAAUUCUGACUCAAGCUGACCAGCUGAGACGCUGCUUUCUUUUUUGUUGUUAUUUUAAAAGCAGGUAAAUAGCACUUACAGAUCUUACACCUCCACAAAUGAGCAAAGUUAGUACACCCUCUCACCCUUAGGCUAGGUGAUAUUCAAGUUCGUGCUUGCGUGUGCUUUCUCACACACACAUUCAAACACACCAGCUUUCUCCAGGUCUUUCCCCUCACUCUGCUGUUCUCUCAGAUCAGUAGACACCCCCCCCCCUUCCGCUACGGCCCACUAUUGUUUAACGCGCUCUGCCUCCGAGUGUGUAUUUGAAGCACAUACUGUAUAUUACAGACUACAAGUCACACUUUGGUCUGACACGAUGUGAAAUGGAACUGACGCACAGGCCGAAGGGAGAUGUGCUGUAUUAGCCCGAUGAUCAGCUGCUCAUUUUUAAAUAAAAAUGGAGCCAUGUUGUAUUUCCAAACGUAUUAUUUAUUCACAACAGAAGAUGGCGCUACAGUAAGGCUAAAGAGCCAAAUUGGGCCUGCUUACUGCUCGUAGGUUAAAUGUGUUACAGAAUGUGAGUCUUUAAUUCAGGCUUAUUUCUGCCUGAAGACUUGUAUUUUAAUACAAAUAAAAAUUUAAUUAUAAGCUAACCUUUUAUGUGAGGAUGAUGAUACUGUAAAUCAGUCCGUACAGGAUUUUGUUGUUUUUUUUGCGAUUAUCGCGGCCAGAAAUGCUUGAUUAUUGCUGCGGCUUUUUCCAAAAUUUGAAUGAAUUGAUCUUUUUGAUUUGAAUGAUGAAUCUUACUGAGUUUUUUUGUGCUUAUUUUGCGGAAAACUACUCGAAUUGGUGAAAUCGCAAUCGCACAAAAUCGUUCUGCAUGGUCUUUCGCAGUGAUUGUUGGUAAACGAGACCUUUCAGCUGUACUCAUGUUCGACGCACGUGAAUCGUCGAGGGCUUCGGCUGAAUGCGCGUCGUGAUGCAGUCACUUGUCGCGUCUCGGCCCGAAUCCGAGGAAAACCUGCAGUAAUUUUGAUCUAUUGCGAGCUCCGAAUAUUGUGGCGUUUGCUUGCGCGUUCAUUUCGGUGAUUGCAAAAUCGCAAAAUCCUGGAAGGACUAUGAGUGACUUGGCAUUGUCAACAUUGGCCGUGUGAGAAAAUCCACGUUACUGAAAUAAACGUGAAUUUUAAGUUCAGAUUGGACUACGAAAACAUUUACACACAAUUUUAUUAAAUGAGGCCCAUUAUGUGUGGGCACUUGUUCAGUAUGUUAUAUAGCCAUAUCUUGGGGUGAACUCGUUACAUAAAUCUAGUACAGAACGUUUUUUUUUCCCCCCUCAAUAGCGACAUGCGAAAAGAUCUGUUUUCAAGACUGUUUUCAUCGUCCCGGCCGUCGACACUUGCUUCACGUGUCGUGUUUUUCCUGCACUGCUGCAAUAGCAGUCGUCUCAACCUAGAGUUACUGGUUUCUUUGUGGUUUUCUAAUGAAAAAAAAUCUGGUUAUAAAAAAAACAGUUCUCUGGGUGUUUACGACAGUGUCAUAAUGGGACUGUGCAAUAGAUACGAUGUAGAUUCACUCUAGCACGCGUCAGUUAGCGGAAUAAUUUGGUCUAAAGUUAAACAUACAUAUAUUGUAAGUGCUAUUGCACAGAUUCACUGUAAGGUGAAGGAAAAUGAUGGCAAAGUGUGAUUUAUAAAAUGAUGUAUUUAACGGUUUUUAGAUUGUGUACACAAACUGCUGCAUGGCUCCCGUCUUGCUAGUUCACACACACACACACACACACACACACACACACACUCAGGGAGUUAGCUGGGCUCUCGGUCCCGUACCGUCUUCUUUGGACACCUUUAACCCUGCAGAAGUCCUCGAACCUCCAUCACUGUGUGUUAGUGACUGCUUUCCUGAAUGUUAAGAUUUCCCACAGAAGUGUCACUUUUUUUUUUUUUAAUUAAAUAGGAUCUUGUAUAGUUGUAAAAUGAUAUAUAAAGAUGUAAUUCUAGUUUUUGAAUCUUGUUUGUUUUUCUGUCUUUUUUUCCUGCAGUGUUCCACUUUCCUCACCCUUUUAGUGUUGUCCUCGUCCAUACGAAAUGUAAUUAUGUUUUUUAAAGAAUGUUUUUAAGACAGAAAACCUGACUCGUGAUCCUUCUGUUCUCUUCAUUUCUGGAUUGUUUAUUGUUUAAAAAAAAAAUUACAUAGAUUUUAAUAGCUAUAAUUUAUUAUAUGGAUUUUACUAUUAUUAUUAUUAUUAUUAUUAUUAUUAUUAUUAUUAUUAUUAAGCAUUAAAAAAGACAAACAUGAUGUAGAGUUGUAUUUUGGGGAUACAAUAUGUGGAAUAAAGUGGAAUAAAUGGGCUUUUUACAUAGCAUAGUGGUGUGUUUUUUUUUUCUGAUUAUUUUAUGCUGAUUUUCACAACUGUAGAACACUAUAUUUAGAAAAUCGAAUAAAAAAUAUUUCCGAAUUUUAAUUACUGAUGUACAUUUUUCUUGUAUGGUAUCUUCUUUUUUUAAACAACGUUAUUCUAAACAAUCAUGUUACGUUAUA